CACCACUUCCACAUCUCCCACCAGUUCCUCCUUGUGGGUCGGAGUCACAAACAGCUGGCUCCUCCUCACUUCCUCCUCCCUGGGGAUCAGAGCUAUUGUCCUGCCCAGGACCCUCCCUGGCCAAUGACAGCCCACCGGCACAGCUCAACCCACUACCCAGAACCAGAACCCAGCGAUGGUGAAGGAGCCAGGGCUGUGUCUGCCCCCCAUCAGCCCCGUUUGACCUCUGAAGAUCUCUUCGGGUGGCGCCCGUCUCCCCGACACUGUGAAGCCGCAGGGGGCUGCCAUGGGACGGGAGCCAUGAAUGGUGCCGCCCCCGGCCCCGCCGCCGCCCCCGCCCCGGUCCCCGACUGGCGGCAGUUCUGCGAGCUGCACGCGCAGGCGGCCGCCGUGGACUUCGCGCACAAGUUCUGCCGCUUUCUGCGGGACAACCCGGCCUACGACACGCCCGACGCCGGGGCCUCCUUCUCCCGCCACUUCGCCGCCAACUUCCUGGACGUCUUCGGGGAGGAGGUGCGCCGCGUGCUGGUGGCCGCGCCGGCGCCUCGGGGGGCAGCUGAGCCCCCCGACGCCAUGGAGCCCGAGAUGUCGGGGCCCGCGGCACUCAAGGCGGCGGCCUACGGCCACUCGCGGAGCUCGGAGGACGUGUCCGCGCAGGCGGCGGCCAAGGCCCGCGUCCGCAAGGGCUUCUCGCUGCGCAACAUGAGCCUGUGCGUGGUGGACGGCCCCCGUAUGGUCUCUGUGAGACUUAGUAAUGACCCUCAAAGGCGCUUGCAAAGCAGUUGGCCAGCCCGGGCCGCCACCACUGACCACACCGUCCUGUGCCCACAGCACCUGCGCCUGUCCUUGAAUAGCCACGGGCAGUGCCACGUACAGCACCUGUGGUUCCAGUCCGUGCUUGACAUGCUGCGCCACUUCCACACCCACCCGAUCCCACUGGAGUCCGGGGGCUCUGCAGAUAUCACCCUCCGCAGCUACGUGCGGGCCCAGGGCCCCCCACCCGGUAAGACUCCCCCCAGCUGGCCUAUGUGAUGGCUCAAGAGGACAGACAGGUGGGCCCUACGGGGAGGGCGUCCCCCACAGGCUGCUGCCCAGCACCGCUAGCCCCCGUGGGAUGAACACCAGGUCUUGGGCGGUUGUAAGCAAUCCGGGCCAUCAGGGUUGGAGAGAGAGUGGCCGCGCAGGGACCGGGUCCGGGUCCUGAGUGACUGGGGGCAGGCGGAAGGUGGUCGCUCAGAGGCAGCGCUGAGGGAUUCCCUAGACCCCUGCAGAGCUGGGGCUCAGCGCAGAGCUGCUGAAGGAAGCGUUGGGGGCGCGGGGAAGGGGGUCCGGCACACGUGGGUUUGUGUUUUCCCUGUCGCCCGUCCCCGUGACCUUAGGUAUCCAGGGAGGGGGGCUGGAACCAGGAGAGCCAG